UGUGUAAAGACGGCAACACACCAGUUGCAUGUAUGCAACAGAUGUCGGCUAAUAAUAACAACCUGCUGCGCCUUUAAGAGGAUGACUGAGAGGAAACUUAAUAUCUCUCCACAUCGAGUCUUCAUCAAUUAACAGUGAGAGCCGACAUCAGGACGAUAUCUGAAUCUGUCCCUCUGCUCUGCUCUGCUCUGCUCUCCAAACCUGCUUUCUGUUGUUGUUGUUUUUCUUUUGUCACACAUAAACCGGAUUAAAUUACGCAUUGCACCUUUAAGAAGCUGUCACCAGGAUUAGAGUUACGCGCAACGAGCCAAGCCGUCCUCCGGAGGGGUUUUACGCACCGUCGGUUCCCAGAGCAGGGUCUCUCCCUCAGCGACAUUUCUCCGUCUGUCUCUCUCCUUCUUCGCUCGUCCUGACACCGCCGGGGAGCCCUCCACGCCACGCGACAUGGCCGAGAUAGGGAAAGGGGUCACCGCCGGGAAACUGGCCAUCAACGUCCAGAAGAGACUCACCAGAGCGCAGGAGAAGGUCCUGCAGAAGCUCGGCAAAGCAGAUGAGACCCGAGACGCUGCCUUUGAGGAGAUGGUGGCCAACUUCAACAAGCAGAUGACAGAAGGCACCAAACUGCAGAAAGACCUGAAAGCCUACCUGGUAGCGGUGAAAACGAUGCACGACGCGUCUCGGCGGCUUCAGGACUGUCUCGCUGACAUGUAUGAACCCGAGUGGUUUGGCAAAGAGGAGAUGGACUCGUUGACAGAGGACACAGACACUCUGUGGUUAGACUACCACCAGAACCUCACAGACAAAUCUUUGACCACUCUGGACUCGUACCUGGCUCAGUUUCCUGAUAUCAAGGCUCGUAUAGCGAAGCGCGACAGGAAGAUGGUGGACUUCGACAGCGCCCGGCAUCACUUCAGCUCCUUACAGAAAGGAAAGAAGAAGGACGAAGCCAAGAUCGCCAAGGCGGAGGAGGAGCUGGGCCGAGCUCAGAAGAUUUUUGAGGAGCUGAACGUGGAGCUACAAGACGAGCUUCCAACACUGUGGGACAAUCGUGUUGGCGUCUAUGUUAACACAUUCCAGAGCAUGGCACGUCAUCAGGAGAAGUUCCAUGGGGAAAUGAGCAAGCUCAGCCAAAACCUGAACGACAUCAUGACCAAACUGGAAGAGCAGCGGGAGCUGAAAAAAGGUGGUACUGCAGCAGCAAAGACAGAAGAUGGUGCCAAGAGCGAGGAAGCCAACCACAGCGAAUCAGCCAGCUCACCACCAAAGGUAACAACAAGGUCCGGUCCUCCUCCCAGCCGGCCUCCACCCCGAAUGACGCCGUCUCCAGACCUGAGACAGCAGUGUGUUAGCCCGACGGAGGGCGAGGCCUCGGUGGCCGGCGCUAGCACAGACUCAACGACACAGCAGCAGUGUGAGCCCUGGUCAGGGGUGAACCUGCUGGACUGGGAUGUGGAGGUUUUACAGCCCGUCACAUUUCCAGCCUCCAAGGCGCCAUCAUGGGAGUCAUGGCGAGAACAGACCGCCGCACAGCAGGAGCCGCAGCAUGAUGACGACCAAUACCCAGAGGAGGCCCAAGGUGGCUGGGAUUACGAUGACAGCAACACCCAGAGCUACACCCAGCCUGGUUGGGACGAUGCAGAAACAGCUCAGGAGAGCUGGAGCGAUGGAGGUGGAGGUGGUGAAGUCUAUGCCACUCAGUCGUACACACAGCCCAACUGGGACGACAAUAGCGCCCAAGUGGAGCAGGGUGGCUGGGGCGAUGAUGGAGAGGAUCAGAGUGCGGUGACCAAUGGCUCAGAUGGCGAACUCCCCCCAGGAUUCAUCUACAAGGUAAAAGCGAUACACGAUUACGCUGCCACUGACGGUGAUGAGCUGGAACUGAAGACCGGAGACUCUGUGCUGGUUUUGGCCUUUGACAACCCAGACGAGCAGGACGAUGGCUGGCUCUUGGGUGUGCAGGAGUCUCACUGGGUGGAGAACAAAAAUAUUUCAGCCAAAGGCGUUUUCCCUGAGAACUUUACUCAGAAGGUUUGAGGUUAAUGCCACAAAGAGAUUCGCCCCCCGUCUGUGCCCCAAACUCCUCAAUAUAGAUCUAACUGGUAAAGACAUGGUCACUGAAUGUCUUCUCACACACCAAACUGUAUCGGAACAUGAUUAGAAACAUGCACUGAAACACAAAGCAGUGGCUAAAAUGAUUUGUGUCAGGCAGUAAAACUCCUCAGUGAGCUCAUGAACACGUUCACACAAAGCAAACAGAACUUUACAUUUGAAAAAUAAAAAAAAAUUCCAAAAAUGUUUUCGUCAAAUCUUACACGUAAAUAUUACAUGUAUUAAUUCAGGCUGUUCUCAUGAACAGUUCGUACGUAUGCCAACGAAAAGGAGUGCACCACAGUUCGUAUAUAACCCACGUAAUUUUCAAAGCUGAGAUCAUGUGACCAAUGAGCUAACAGCAAUAAAGAAAGAGCUAACCCACUUUACUAAACCACAACUUACGUUGAGUACCCAACGAGACGACCCCCAACCAUAACUUUUUUCCAAAACCUUACCUACGUAACUUUACGUUCCUAAACAUAAACUACCUACCUUUACGUUAAGUACACAACCUGAUGACGCUUAACCAUGAUUUUUUUCCAAAACCUGAACUACGUAACUUUACAUUAGUACACAUGAUGACGCCUAACCAUGAUUCUUUCCAAAACGUAACCUACAUAACCUUACUUUCCUAAACCUAAGCUAUCUAACUUUACUUUCCUAAACCUAGACUUCAUAACUUUACGUUAAGUACCUAAUGUGACGAUGCCUAACUGUGAUUCUUUUCCAACACCUAGCCUACGUAAUUUUACUUUCCUAAGCCUAAAUUACGUAAAUUAACUUUCCUAAACCACAGCUACGUAACUUUUUUAAGUACACAAUGUUAUGACACCCAAUGUUUCUUUUCCAAAACCUAAACUCUGUAACUUUACUUUCCAACCCGAAACUACGUUACUUUACUUUACUAAAUAUAAACUACAUAACUUUACGUUAAGUACACAAUCUGACAAUGCCUAACCGUGAUUCUUUUCCAAAACCUAAACUACGUAAUUUUACUUUCCUAAACCACAACUACAUAACUUUAUUUUAAGUAUGUAACGUUAUGACAACCGAUGUUUUUUCCAAAACUUAAACUAUGUGAAUUUACUUUCCUAAAACACAACUACAUAACGUCAAGUACACAAUGUGACGACACCUAACCAUGAUGCUUUUUCAAAACCUAACCGACGUAGCUUCGCUUAUUUAAACUUAAUCUGCUUAACUUUACUUUUCUAAACUUACAUAACUUAAUGGUAUGUAUCUAACAUGAUGGCGCCCAACCAUGUUUCUUUUCCAAAACCUAAUCUUCAGACCUUAACUGUCUUAAACCUAACCAAUAUAACUGUACGUUAACCUACAUAACUUUACCUAGCCAUGAUUCUUUUCCUAAACCUAACCUCACUGGUAGGGGUGCUAAUUUGUGGGACACUAAUUCUUGAGAUAUUAUACGAACUGUUGUACGUGCAUUUUCGUAAGAGAUCAUACGAACAGUUGUUUGAGGACACGUUAAUCAAUUUUGGUUUUACUUCUUAUUCCUGAAUUAUUUACAACCUGAACUGAAACAGAACACAUAAAAAAUGUGUUGGUGAUUUUAAAAAAGGAGAAAUAAGUCAUGGACGUAUUGUACGUAUGUCAGAAUGUUUUAUGUUGUGUAUUGUCAACAGUUUUUAAGAACUUCUCACAGUUCCUUGCAUGAAGCAUUUUAUUGUAUUGUCAUUUACGUUGUAACACAACAAACACUGUGACACCAGGUGGUAUUGUUCCAUAAAAUGUGGCUGAUUGAAAAACGCAGGUGUCCUAGAAUAGAGCCCUGGAGAACACCACAGAUACAAACAGGCUUUGCCUCGAGUUAUCAAAAUCUAUUACAGUUUCUUGGACUUGUAGGAUUAUCAAAGGGAACAGUAGUUUUUCAUUUUCUUUUCUGGACAUUUUGAGGACAUGACUUGAUGUGUGGCUUACAUUUUCUAAUGCAAAUACGCUUUUAUUUUGAUUUUUGAACCAUCUUUUCAUCAGUGGAUGAAAUGCAAAACCUUAUCAAACUCGCUGCAGAUUUUUUUUUCUUUAGUUACCACUAUUUAUGACUAUUUACCACUAGUUUAGAUGUCAUCCUUUGAGACAGGAGAUGUAUGCUGUUUAACUCUUUUUAGACAUUUUCAUAUGAAUUUGACUCCGGCUCUCGGUGCUCUCUUGGAUAGGACAAAGGCAAAUCAAGUGAAGGCUGCACACUCUGAGCCUGUGGAGUCCAAAACUGUGACACAAGAAGCUAAAUGAGACUGAGGCUAAAAUAUUUUAACCUUUCUAACCUGCGUAAACCAAAGUUAAACCCAUGCAAACUGUAUUUUUACAAUGUGUGGUAUUAAUGAAUAAGGAGUCAGUCCAAGUGGUAACUACUGUACCGUCUGUUGGAUCAAGACAGUGUCAUUAAAGAUGAAUGAAACAU